AGGAGGCUGCGUAAUUCACGAUUUUGACUUUAUGCUUCCUUUUCUCUUGCUUCGUUUAAGCAUGUUUUCUUUGGGAUAUCAAGGGCACAAUCUGGGCUAGUGCGAAUGAUCACAAUCUUUUAAGACGAAUCAUACCAUUGCAUAAUGAUCUACAAUGGGCCCAAAGACUAUCCGAUAUAUCUCGAAUAUCUCGGCCGUGGAGAUGUAAGCUAAUCAUAUGCGGUUGGAAAGAUGGCUCGAGUACCUGGACCCAAGCGGAAGGGACGGCCACUUUACCGAUAUAUCUGCGACGGGGGUGGGCCAGGGAUACCGGGCCACCGGCACGGACGAGUCAUCGGUACCCUACGGAGUACCUCGGCUUCCCCCGACCACGAACACUGUUCACAAACGCCCUGGCCGCUACCAUCCUGGCCCGUCUCAGGGCCCGAUGCUCCAUCCAAACCAGUCAAGCAUUUCAUUCCAUCUCUCGCUCGCGGCCGGCUGGGCACACUCUGCCCGUUACUUGACACAAAGCUUGGCCCCUCGUAGGCGCCUUCACCCCUGACCCACUGCGAACAACGACGCGUUCGAACUUCGGCUUUUAUCCAUAA